AUGGACAUAACACCACUCUUUAAAGCAUGUAUCAAAACAGUUAAAACGAGAAACAAAACUUUUGGUGUUCUCAGUCCUAUUGCAGAGGAGAAAAAGACAAUAAUGCGAACGAAGACUACCAAAAAUGGUUUCACGAUUACUGCUAAAGAUAUCACUUCCCAGAUUACAAAACUAAGAGAUUUCUUAUUGGAACAUCGAGAGCGAUAUCUGAACUAUCUAAAUGAUAUAUCGGGGGAUGAAAUGACAGAGUAUGAACGUGAUCAAAUUGAUACAGGCGCGCAGCGGAUAAUCAACACAUGUUCUCAUCUUCUUAGAGAAUUUCGGAACGAUAACCGCAAGAUAGCUGUCUCGCAACAAACGCGGGAGUAUAUGGACGCUGUUAUAGAUCUCAUAGAUGCCUACUUAAAAGCUGUUUGCAAAAUACACAGUGAAUUAAAAGCCUUCCGAGUAAAGCGUGCAUUAGACUUAAGAAAGUUAUCGCGUCUUGAAUUACCUCAAAGAAAAUCUUCUAUACCAAAUCCAUUUAUCUCAGAAACAAAAGAGGUAGAGAGUGACUUAGAGGAAACUGAUAGUCCUAAAACAAAGAUGGAAUUAUCAGAGAAUGAAGUAGCAGUUAUGUCUGACGAAGGAGAUCUCAGUGCUGAAGAACUUCAAAUGUUUGAGUCUGAGAAUGUACAAUUGCUGAAUGAACUCAAUAGCAUGACGGAAGAAGUUAGACAAAUUGAGAGUAAAGUACUGCAUAUAGCUGAGUUACAGGAAAUUUUUACAGAAAAGGUUCUACAACAAGAACAAGAUAUAGACCGGAUAGCAAACACUGUUGUGGGUACUACGGAGACAAUGAAAGAUGCAAAUGAUCAAAUUAAACAAGCUAUACAGAGGAAUGCUGGACUUAGGGUGUAUAUUCUUUUCUUUUUACUAGUCAUGUCAUUUACACUGCUAUUCUUAGACUGGUAUAAUGAUUAA